AUGCCUCAACAGCGCCUGCAUUUUGUUCAAACACCGCAACGGAAACGUUCAACACCAUCCGAUGACCUUUUGGCGCGUUCCAGCCAACAACCAUUGGACACAGACGAGAGCUACGCUUCUCAAUGCCAGCCUUCGCCACCUCGCACGGGCUCUGUAGCCUCUUGCGCCAAGCCAAGAACAUCAUGGAUCUUCUCUCACAUGCCAGACGAGGAUAUCGAAACGAGAUAUUACAAUCAACGGACCGGGAAAGAAGAAUGGCGCUGCAAGUAUUGUGAGAAGACAUAUUCUUGUUCCGGUGGAACUGCGGCUCCGACUAAGCACCUAACGGAUCCUCCUCCGGACGGUCAUGGCCUCCCAAAGGGCGCCCCACGAUCGGCCAAAGUAAGAACUAUACGAACCAUUCUCGAACAAGCUCGUCUUACGGCCGAGGAAAAUGUCCGAAAACGCCGUCGACUCAACAAUCAUUACGGAGACUCGGUCGACCCGGACCGGCUUGAAGUGUUGUACGUACGGUUUAUUGCCGCCUGUUCUCUUCCAUUUCGGCUUGUGGAAUGCGCAGAAUUCCGUGCACUACUAUGCUACGUUAAUGCCGAUAUUGAUACUUGGCUUCCAGACACACACCAAACUAUCAAGAAAUGGAUUAUGCGCCAGUAUGAAGAUCAGAAGGAGAAGGUCAAGCAGCGCAUUCAGUCGGCAAAGUCGAGGAUUCAUAUCAGCUGCGAUCUCUGGACCUCUCCCAACUCCCUGGCAAUCUUGGGCGUAGUUGCUCACUAUGUAACGGAAGACGGCAAGCUGGAACACCAUACUUUGGCCCUAAAGGACAUCGACGGUGAGCAUGAUGGUUCUCAUCUCGCUGCGGCAAUUAUGGAAGUGGUUGAAGAUUGGGGCUUUGCUUCUAAGUUGGGCUAUUUCGUCAUGGAUAAUGCAACCAAUAACGACACAAUGAUGAAGUCGCUUUCUCUUGCCCUUCUACGUCAAUUUGACAUACAGUAUGAUCCCAAAUCUCACCGACUCCGCUGCCAAGGUCAUAUUAUCAACCUAGCCGCCAAAUCCUUCCUCUUCGUUACCGGUAACGAGACGCUCGAACACGAAGAUUCCGGUCUGCACAAUGUGACACUGAAACAGAUUGAGGCGUGGCGGCGGAAAGGCCCACUUGCCAUAACCGCAGGGCUUGCGCGAGACAACGACACAAGAUGGAAUUCGUGGUAUACCAUGCUGCGAGCGGCCUUGAAUCUUAGAGAAGCAAUUGAUGGCUAUUUCAACAAAUGGGUAGAAGCAGAUUGCGCUGGAGACAGGCUUUCUGCAGAGGACUGGACCAUCCUCGAGAAGAUCGAAUCUUUUUUAGAGAAGCUCAAAAUGACGACCAAGGCUCUGGAGUCAUCGUUUGCAACUCUCGACCAUGUUCUGCUGGCUAUGGACUUUGUGUUGGCACAAUUCGAAGCAGGAAAAGAGGCAUAUACUGACGAUCCGAUCAUGGCACCAAUGUAUAACUCGGGCUGGGCGAAAUUGGAUAAGUACUAUCGCCUUACUGACGAAUCGCCUGCCUAUGUCGCAGCUAUAGUUCUUCAUCCCUCGCAUAAAUGGCAUUAUAUACACGAGAACUGGAAGAGGGAAUGGAUUGAGUCAUCGGAGAAGUUGAUUGAGGCGCUGUGGGGUGAAUACAAACCCGUGGAAUCACUUCCUCUCGCCGAGGCACCAUCCACGACUACGAACGAGUUCUUGAAAUGGCGAAACAAGCAUCUACAACCGGCACCUAUCAGGGACGAGUAUGAGCAUUAUUGUAGGUCUGAGCGGGUGUAUGGGUUUACCAGUGCCCUUACAUGGUGGGUAGAGGAGACGCAGCAAAAGACCUACCCUAACUUGAGCAAAAUGGCCGUGGACAUACUGUCAAUUCCUGCAAUGGCUGCCGAGCCUGAAAGGCUCUUCUCUGGGGCAAAGAUAACCAUUACAGAUCGUCGAAAUCGCAUGGGGAGUGAUGUAGUUGAAGCAUUAGAGUGUUUGAAGUCAUGGUUUGGGAUAUCAGAGUUUCAAAGCACUAUGUUGUAG